AAAAAAACAAAAAAAAAAACAAAAAAGUGGUAAGAGGCGAGUGUCUGCAGACCCUACGGAAGAGUUGCCUCUUGCGUUGCCUCUUCAGCCAAAAUCAGUCUCGACAGAGAAGAUCUCUUGUUCUUCUUCGCCUGUGUAAGUUGAGGCUUCAACGAAGAAGAAAAAGAGGAGUAAAAGCAAGUUGUGAAGAGUGUUCUACUGAAUCAAGGAGGGAGCCGCAGGAAGAUUCAUUCUACACAUAAUCUGUAACAUCUGAUUGAGAGAGAUGAAUAAUGAAGAAUCGGGGAAGGUGAGUAAAGAAGAGGAAGAGGAAGAAUAUGUACUGAUGGAUCUUGACGAUGUUUCGAGGCACAUUGACUUCCCACCAGACGCUCCUUACACUCUCUCGGGUUUGGAUACUUUGAAUCCUAUAUUGACCAUUGAUGGUAAAAUCAAGCUGGUUGGAGAAUACUUAGAGACAAUUGGUACAUGUCUUGCUUUCUCUGAUAAGGAAGUUGCAGCAGCUGAAAACAAGACACCAGGCAAGACUGUUCAACCUGUUGCCAAGCUCCACAAGAUUCUUAAGUUUAGGUUAGCCCUCGACAAUGACGAUGGAGAAACAAAAGCAUCCAAUUUGUAAAACAACAUCUUUCUAGUUUUCUAGUAUGGUUGAGCUUUCUGUUGACAUUGAAUAUAAUUAACAAAACAAAAGCAACAUCUGUUGUUAGUUUCUUAAGAAUCCAUCUGUAACUUUCUCUAAGCUGUAUAAUAAAAAAAAGACCAACC